CACUGUCAGCACAUACACUUGCAGCAUGAACUACUCAACUGAGCGGUCUUCUUCUUCUUCGGAGGGAAUGGCCCCUGAGGAGUUUGACGGCGGGACGGCGGUGGCUUGUGUGAUCCUGGGCCUGUCCUUCCUGGUGGGAGUCCCGGGGAACCUGCUGGUGAUCUGGACUAUCCUGAGACACGUCAAGGAGCGUUCCCACACUGUGGUGCUCAUCCUGCACCUGGCUUUUGCAGACCUGCUGGUCCUCAUCACCCUGCCUCUGUGGAUCUACUCCCUAGCCCACUUCUGGGUGUUUGGAGUAGCCUCCUGCAAAGCCAUGGUGUUCAUGAUCAACGCCUGUAUGUACAGCAGUGUUUUCCUCAUUACCCUCAUGAGCGUGGAGCGCUUCGUGGCCGUGCGCUAUCCCUUCGCCUCAGCCGGCUGGAAGAGGAAAAAAGCUUUGAAUAAAGUUCUGCUGGCUCUGUGGACUGCAGCAUUCUUGUUCAGCAUACCUGUGAUCCCAACUCAGGUUGUAGGGACGGAUUCUGAUGGGGAGCACUGUCUGUACCGCUUGUACUCCUCUAAUACCCAGGAGCUGGUGUGUGUGCUGCUAGAGACACUGUUGGGUUACAUACUACCCCUCUCCAUCCUCGUGGUCUGCUAUGGCUGCCUCUGCAGCCGGAUUACUCAGAUGACCUUCAAGUCUAAGCACAAGUCCACCGUCCUUAUCGCCAGUGUGGUGGUCGUGUUUGCCAUUUGUUGGACGCCUCAUCACAUAGGAAACGUCCUCUCACUCGUCAUCCUGGCAAUUGAAGACGGCCACCCUGACGCAGCAGAGAAUCUGGAGAGCAUCAGGAGCACCAUGGCCUUCAUCGCUGGAGCCAUGGUCUUCAUCAGCAGCACUGUUAACCCCAUCCUCUACAUGUUCGCGGCUCGCUCUUUCCGGAGCUCCUUGCGUGACACCGGCAUCCAGAAGCUCUUCCGCCACAUCUCCAGCACCUCCUCAGGUGAGGGAAAUAAAGAGUUGUCCUUUGUGUCCAAGAUACAGAGCAAUCAGACCCACACUUCUCAGUGUGUGUCUGAGUCAAAAGACCAAAUGGACAUAUUGAUUAAAAUGUGUGAAAAUAAUCCGUCCUGAUAUUGAAAUUCCAUUUAAUGUCUGUGCUGUGUGUACAUAUUAAUGUAUAUACUGUAAGUAUUUUUUAAAGGAAGAAAUGUUUGCCAUUUUGUAUGAAAUUACAACACAGAAAAACAGGAAGUGAGUGUAUCUGUGCAAAACUUGACCACCUCUGUAAAUAACCUAUGUUACAUACUCUUUUUAAAGUAACGUUGUUUCUUUUUUAAAUGGUGACUAUAUAUUUAUAAAUAUGACAUAUAUUAUGUACUAAGAUUAAUGCCAUGGACAAUCAUUUUAUAUGACAAUUCUCAAAAGUUUUGUUAUUUUCUAAUUUUGUCUAGCCAACAAAUGGAAAUGUCAUUGAUUAGGUAUAAUUAAUUCUGUGAAAGAUAUUUUUUAAAUGCCUGUAAGUGUGGGAACAGAACACGGUAGGUUUAUAUCUGGUAAUUCAGUGUUUUUGUCAGCCACUUCUUAUUUCUACAUUUUUGCCACAGAGAAAUAUUUCACUUAUAGCUUAACCUGUCUCAAUUCGAGAUUCGACUUUCUCGUUCUGUUUUGGGAAGCAUUUCUGAUACAGUCUGAUUGUGAACUAAUAAAAAUUGUUGUUGAAUUUUUUCAAUGAGCUUUCUUAAUCAAGAACCCACAGUGUACAAUAUUGUAAACAUGUUUUUCACUUUUGACAAAUUUGCAAACAAUUUUCCUGUUAUUCCCCCUAAAACAAGAGUCUUGCUUUCAACUUCCUCUACAUGAAAGAUUGCAAAAUGAAAAACUGCAUGUUCCCUUUGUUGAGCAGCAAAAAGCGGAAUCAUGUCUAAAGUUUGUCACAGUCUUAUAGAGCU